CACCAGUGGAAAACCAUGGCAAGGAAGACAUGCAUGGAAAUGCCUCUAAAUGUUUUCUAAAUAUUAUCUGCUCGACCAGACGAGGAGAGACUGAGAUGAAACGAUGCCAGAUACAUUGCUUUCUUUGGUAAACUUACUCUAAACUUGCUAAGCUUUAUGGCGUUUCAAAAAUGACAGACUCUAACUUGAGGAACGAAAGCAACUAUGGGAUCUAUUUUGCUGAGGCAUUCAACGGAUCAGUCCUGGACCAAAUAUUAUCAAACGACAGCAUCACCACAUGCCCGAACUUCACACUGGACUCACAGGUUGUCGGGGUCGGGAUCUUUCUCUCCGUUUUCAUUCUGGUGGCAAUCGUUGGCAACAUUUUGGUUAUCCUGUCUGUGGUGUGCAAUAAACAUUUGCAGACCGUCACAAACUUCUUCAUCGUCAACCUGGCCAUGGCAGACCUGCUGCUGAGCAUUAUAGUGCUGCCUUUCUCUGCAUCUCUGGAGGUUCUGGGAUGCUGGGUGUUUGGCCGGGUUUUCUGUAACAUCUGGGCAGCGGUGGAUGUGCUCUGCUGCACCGCAUCCAUCCUCAGCCUCUGCAUCAUCUCCAUCGACAGGUACAUAGGUGUAAAACACUGUCUGAAAUACCCAACUAUUAUGACAGAGAGGAAAGCGGUGGCUAUUCUAGUGCUGGUUUGGGUGUCAUCCACGGUGAUCUCUGUCGGACCGCUGCUCGGAUGGAAGGAACCGCCGCCGGUGGACGACAGAAUCUGCAGCAUCACAGAGGAGCCGGGCUACGCGCUCUUCUCCUCUCUCUUCUCUUUCUACCUCCCGCUCCUCGUCAUUCUCAUCAUGUAUUUUCGGGUCUACGUGGUGGCCCGCAGGACUACUAAAAGCUUAGAAGCGGGUGUUAAAAGAGAGAGGAACAAGUCGAUGGAGGUGGUCCUCCGGAUACACUGUCGCAGCGUGCUGGAGGACGCGCGUCCGAGCAGCUCGAAAAACAACAAAAACCACCCGUUUCGAAGUUCGCUCUCUGUGCGGCUGAUGAAGUUCUCCAGGGAGAAAAAGGCUGCUAAAACCCUCGCCAUCGUCGUGGGAAUGUUCAUCUUGUGUUGGCUGCCUUUUUUCUUCUUUCUGCCAAUGGGUGCCUUCUUCCCAGCACUGAAGCCAUCCGAAACUGUGUUUAAGGUGAUCUUCUGGCUGGGCUACUUCAACAGCUGCAUCAACCCCAUGAUCUACCCCUGCUCCAGCAAAGAGUUCCAGAGGGCGUUCACUCGGCUCUUCAGGUGCCAGUGCCACCAAAGAAAGAGAGUCCUGCGUCGCUUCUAUGACCAGAGGUGGCGGACAGCUGUCAAGGGAAUGACAAGGGAUCAGAGGGGAGACUGUAAGCCCGGCUAUUCCGUGCACGAAUCCUGUGGCAGCUCUUUGUUACACAAGAGGAAAGGGCGCUCACUGAGUUUCAAGAGAUGGAGUCUGUUUCCACCGCUGCAAAAAUCUUCCUUCCAGCUCAAAGAGAAAGUGAACAAUCUGUCAAAUAAAAUCAAGGGAGGGCCGGGAAAAGGAACCACACCUUCAGUAGGCCGGAUUGAUAUAGUGGACACAGUCUCUAUGGGGAUUUACAACUCCUGUGAGCAGAGCAGUUAUCAGUUCUACGAUCUGGCAGACUGUUACGGCCUGAAAGAGACUGACAUUUAGAUGGCCACCAGAGAAUGUUUUAUUUAUUUUCAAAGGGCCACGUUGGACCAACAUGCAAGAACGACUGUGAUAGGACAUAAUUUUGUGUUCAAGAUACAUCUGAGAAUCAAAGCUUGAUUAAAGCUGUGGACUGAGAAUGAUGGCUUGAUCCCAGCACAAACAGGACUAACACUUUAUCUCAAUCCCUCUUCCCCAUCGUGUUUAUUUAGAUGAAACGUCUUGUGAGCUGCUCAGAGCCACUUUUUGGAAGUGGACACAGAAGUAGCCAAAUUCUUGGACUUACUUUGACUGCUGUCUCUUGGAAGCAUUCGGCAUCAACAUAGCCCACAGACAGGCGCCCACACUCUCUGCAAGACAUUUAACACAAGCCUUGUUGUUACUGCUUGUUUCUUUAAAUUGUACAUCGGACAAUCUUUCCUCAACAAAUCAGCUGACACUUUGUGAUGACUGGUGAUUGCUUUCUUUGAUAUUAAACAUGACAUUACAUACAAAUGUAAAGGAUCCAAACAGAUAUUUUUAAAAACUCUAACAGAAAAAGUGCAAUUUUUAUCAUUGUCAGAAUGUCUGGAUUUAAUCAGAUGUCAUCUGUCAGAAUUAAUAAUGGUAUUUGCAGUUCUUCUGUUUUGACAAGGCAUUGUAAAGAUAAGAGGCCGGUUAAGAAUAAAGAUGCUGCACAGUAUUUAUUCUAACUGUCGGAUUUAUAACUUAACUUGACAUUGAUAUGUACAUUUGUUUGAAUAAAACCCACGUGGCUACUUGGCCUGCCUAACUGUAAUUUGCGUUGACAAGUGAGUGCUAAUGUGAAAUGAACACGCUGUUGUUUUUUGUAUUUUCUGAUGUUAUGUUGAAAGAAAGAUGUAAGAUGAAAAGAGAAAUAAAAAUGAGAGAAAACAA